AUGACGGGAGGUAGUGUUGUCGGGAGUGUCUGGUAUGGGCUUGGUGGUGAGAUGCGCAAGUUGGGCGACAUGCUGGACGCAGAAGAAGCUUCGUGGGCUCAAGAGAAGGCCUCUCUACAGACACGCGUCAAGAAAGUUGUGCAAGAGUGCGAUGCCCUGAAGAAUAGGAACGAUGAGCUAGAGAAAGAGGGGGAAGGCAACGACGAGGAGAUUGAAAGGCUGAAAGAGGAGGCGAGGAGGCGAGGGUGA